AUGGCUAAGGAAGAAGCAGCUUUAGUGAUUAAGGGAUCUUCCCAUAUAAACAAAGCCCUUCUGUCUGUUACACCCGGUCGAUCUCUCUUGGCCAUUAAAGGCCAAAGGAGAUCACCGAAGUAUAAAAGGCAGGUUACUGAUUUCGUUAAUAUGAUGUCAAACCAAAAUAACACCGAGCCUUGUUCUCCGGUUACUACAGAUACCACCGGUAACGCACUAUUAGAGGCACUGUCACAGGCAGUCUCAAAUACAGUAGAAAAAUUUAAUGAUAAAAUUCUGACGAAUAUCUGCCACUCAGUUAGCGCAAUAACGCUAAGCGAUCUAAAAGUAAGAGUUGCUGACUAUCUUAAGUCAAUCUAUCCUCAGAAGAACAAAUCACCACCAAAUCACAUCAAAAGCACAAAAAGAGGAAAGCACCCUAAAAGACAAAAUAAGAGAGAACUUAGGAGGCACCAAUACAAAAUUACUCAACUACAUUGGGCGAGAAACCCAACGAAGUGUGUCCAAUUUAUUCUAGAUAACAAAGUUGUCUCUAACAAACCUUCAACAGACACAAUUCUGGACCAACGUUAUGACCGGAGAUUCUACGCUAUCGCCCGGGUCGGAAAAAGCGAGAACCCAAGAUCUCUCGCACAUAUGGAAGCCUAUAAUCCCAAAUGA